CAUGUUACAGGAAAAGCGGAAAUGCGGUUCAACUCUGCUGAAUUCUUACGUUUAUUUAUUUUAACCAACACACGCUUUUUAUUAUUACUACCACUUAUAUUUAAAAUGUCAAUGUAGCGAAAAAAGAGAGAAUUUUGCGUGAUUUAUGUAUACAUUUUUGUUUUGUCCUGGGUGUUAAAUGCUUUGGUGUCGCGCGAGCUUCUUUUUGUGCUGCGCGUCCGUCCUACUGUGUUCAGCGCGAGCCGCUCACCGCCGCCGCAGUGCGCGCGUGAAGGAGGGUAAUGGCACGUUCAACACCGUGAGUCAGAGAUUCGUUGGAUUUGUUCGGAGGAAUCAGCAUAAGCGUUUGGAACUUAAUGCAGGGAGUACUUCCAUCUUAAGUUGGAGUAAUGAGGAGGCUGCUCUUCGUUCAGCGGCCCCUGAGGGCCUCUGGAGACAUAGCCUGCACUCUCUAAUUGACCAGCUGAGAGAGACGGUGUUUCGGCAAAACCACCAGAGAGGGGCACGACACACACUGCCUCUGAUGGGGUCUCGUUCAACAGAGUCAUCAAAGUUUCCUGUCCAGUUUGAGAAAUGUGCUCAGGUAGUGACAGGAAGUGAGUUUCCCCAGGUUAGAGUCUCUCUGGUGGUUCAAAACCUAGAGGGUGGAACAGAACUAUCACAACUGUAUAUACGUGACACCAUCUCUGACAUCAUCAGCUUGCAGACCAAUGGAACUGUGCAGGACAGACAAUACCAAAUCUUCAACACAGCAACCCUGCCUGCUGGCUCCAGUUAUGCGGUGUCGUACACAGCGAGCGUGAAAAGAAGCACAGAUGAACACCUGCUUCUACCAGCAUUCCUUACUUUCUCCAGCACAUCUCAGAAUAUGAAUGUUUUCGGGCCUGUGGUGGCAAAUUUCACUCUGAGGAUAAAUACUACUGAAAAGGUGUGUGUAAAUCAUGCCUUACACUUUGCAGGCUUCUGUUUGGCUUUUCUGAGCUGCACUCUGCUCUUGUCUUUGACGCUGCUCACCGUCGGCUGUGUCUACAAGAACUGUCUGUACACACCUCAGCAUAAGAAGAGGCGAAGCUUUAUUGUAGAGGAGGAGCUAGAGGAGCCUGUGUGUAACGCCAGUGACGCAGCCAAUGAGGAUGCUACGUUUGAGGAUAGGAUUAUUGACAUCAUGGCACUGGAGGAUCCAAAAGACAUGCCACUUGCUCUGGACAAUUUAGAGAAAUCCUCUAUGUUGCGGGACGCCCUGAUGCUGGAGUGUGUGCGUGUACAGAUGCUGAAAGGUGUGUUCAGGGUACUAACAGCCAGGGUACGCGGAUCCAAUAAUGAAGUAAGCAUGGUGGACCUGCUCAGUCAUUUGACCGAGAUGCAGGAGGAUCAGAAGUCACAACUCAGCAUGCAGUCUAACAUUGAAGCGCACACAGAGCGACAGGAUGUGGAGCAGCGGCGUUUAGAGGCGUUAUGCAGGAGAGAAGAGCUCCAUGAUAUCAUCAGUGAGGAUAUUGAGGAGGCCGCCAUGACUGGAGGAACGCACAUGACCAAUCAGCUGCUGCGAACGUACUACGGCUGUCAGGAUCAGCUGGAGUCAGUGCUGGAUCUGUUCGUGGCCAAUCAGAGAGCAGCGCUGAGUGAGCAGCAGGCGCAGCGGCGCUUUCUGUUACAGGGUCUGCAAGAUCUCCAGCGGUCCAUGUGUGACAUGUUCAGGGUUUUCUCUCGACACAUCGACAGCUGGUUCACCCGCAUCCGCAGGGAGGGUGUCCUCUCUGAUCAACACUGCGUCCACCAGCUGGAGCGUGCUCAAUCAGCGCUCCAGUGUGUCCAAAAAGGUUUUGAGGAAACGCUGGUCCGAGAACGUAAUUCGGCUCAUCAUGACAUCAUCAAAACGAGACGAGCACGCAUCACUGAAACGCUGUGUGAGCAGAAGCAUGAGCAGCAGGAUUUGGUGUGUGGACCUUUUAUGUGUGAUGGCUCACUGGAGGAUUACCUAAUGCGUUGGCAGACGCUCCUCUGUGCUCACAACACACACCUCUCUGAACUUAUUACACACCUGGACCAGGAGGCAGCAGCACACAUACGACGGGUGCUAGUGUGUGUGCUGCGGGAUGCUGUAGCUGACCUGAAGCAGGUGGAGUGCGAGACCAGUGAGUCGCUGCAGGAGGCCGGAGUCCCACGCUGGCUCCUCCUCCAGUUGAAGGCGGGGUCAGUGGUAGGCGGAUGCCUGGCCGACACGGAGGCGGAGCUUGGCGGCCGGAAGAGGGAGGCGGCUAAAACGCUGCGACUGACACGCAGCAGAGUUCAGCAAAUCAGAGAGCAGGAGCUGCAGCAGCAGAGGGAAAGGAGGGAGAGAAUGCAGACGUACUGUAGGAGUAUGUGGGAGAGUCAGUGCGCUCUGUCGGAGAGUGAUCUGCUUCGUAUGCAGUUGGAGUAUGUGAAGAGUGUGUGUCAUCUGGAUCGCUGCCUGGCCCGCCCUCUGGCCAAUCAGAGCACAAAACACACUCUAGAUGCCUCUGAUGGUGACCCGAUCUUCACGCGGGUUUGUAAGUGCAAGGAUGAGAUGUGUGUGUGCGAGGACGAGGAGAGGGUGACGAUGCAAGUCGUGGCUGUGCAGUGGGACAAAGCGGAGAGGAAGCGCCGAGUCCUAGAAACACACUCCGCUCUGUUGACGCUACAGACGCUGCUGAUGCAGACGGUCUCACACACACCUGCGUGGGAUGAGCUCUCACACGCCAUACACAGUCACAGCUCGGCGUUAGAGGAGGCCGAGCUCCUGUUGCAGAAGGAGGAGUCUGAGUGGGAGCAGUCCAUGGACGGGCUCGCUCACAGUAAACUCUUGACUCGCGCUGAGGAAGAAAUGUUCAGAGUAAACACAGACUGCACGAUCAGUGAGUGCCUGCAGGAGGCGCUUUACAAGAGACAGCAGCUCACACACAUCCUCACUGAGAGGUUGAGGAUGGAUCUCAGGAGGCAGCAGGUGAUGGAGGAUCUGAGGGACCAGCAGGAGCUCAAGAGGCUUUACACACAUUUUGACCAGGAUCUCCUCCUUGUUGCCUUGCUCGUCAAAUACAGCGGAGUUUCAGAACCGGUUCUCCGGCAGCUCCUUUGCCUCCUGCUGCCUACACAGCCUGAAGCAGAACUCCAAUCACUCAUACACACACUUGCACCUAAAGAAGGAAGGAUUUUAGGACCCUGGUGCCAUCUGGUGGACAGACUGAGGAAAGACAUAAUCAGCAAACGCACAUCAUUUCAGUCCCACACACACUCUGACAGAAUGCUAAAGAAGAAGCAGAAACUUGUAGAAAAGCUCUUUUGCAAAUCUCAGGCAGAUGAAUCAGGACAGAACUUGCUCCCAGCGAGCACUCGGGCAAUCACUGCACCUGAACCUCCAAUACAAAAGGAAGAAGAAGCUUCUCCUGUGGCAGGAGAGACCAUGCCAGAGGAGGCGGAGUGCACAAGCCAUGCUGGUGAAGCAGAAGAUGCGGCAGGUGGUGAAAUGAUGGAAGAAAGACUGUUUACUAUCUGCUCUAGACCAGGAGGAAAUCCAGAACAUGCACACGUGGGACUUACUAGAGACGCUACACAUCACACGCCACAUACUUCAGAUGCAUCAGAUAGGACAGACAGUCAGAGAAAGAGGAGGAAAUUCAAGUUCAAGAAGGGAGCAGUGGCUCCUCAAGAGCAGACUUAAUAGACAGAUGCACAAGCAUACACGACCAUACACAACUACAACUACACACGGGCCAUGCUUGAUCCAAUUAGGUGCAUGCAGUUUAUUCAGGAGGGAGACUAACAUAUUAUACAAAGAAUUUCAUUGGACAGCAAUUUAAUAAAAGCACUAUAAAUCUUUUAAAAUCUCUUGCUGACAAAACAUUUUAUAUACUUUUACAUUAUGUGAGACAUAAUGUAUCUGUAAUAAAAUCCUUACUGAUUAGUAUUGUGUUGGUAAUUGUACGGUUGAGAGGUAAUAAAUAUGUAACAAAUAUUGAUACACCGUUGAUUCUGAUAGCUCCAGUUCCAGCUGAUUGUUCUCAGACUUUCAGAUCACUUUGUUGAACUUUAUCUAAAAGUGGUUUGUGUUGUAAUGGUAGGCCGUAACAUUACAACACGUAGUUGCCAGCAAUGAUGAGUGGACUCAAGCACCUUGUGCCAUUGUACCCUGGGCAUACCAGAAAGAUAGUAGGCACAAUGGGCAAACACAUUUAAAGGGCACAUACCAAUACCAUUAUGCCAUAAUUUCUGAGUAGGGAUAUUUUAUGCCAAGACCUUUAAAAAGCCCUGGAUGUUUAGAUGUUAACACUAUGAUGUCAUAGCCACCUUGGCAGCUCUGGUCUCUUGCACUGUGUCUCCACAAGACCUCUGAGGGGAGUGGAGUGGACCAGAAUAUUGGCAAAGGUUACUUUGGGUUUAGUGGGUUGCACUGAGCAACAGUCCAGUCCUUUUUGUCCUUAGGCCAAGUAUGAUGCCCCUGACACAAGAAAUGCAACAGUUAUAGCACAUGUCUUUGAUAUGUCUGUGCGUGGUGGCUCUUGAAGCACUGACUCCAGCUGCAGUCCACUCCAUGGGCGUGGCUAGGCCAUUUUUAGGGGGGUUUUAACUGUAUGGUGUCUAAACAAAGGAGCGUGGAGUGGAUGUCUUGUUAUAUGUAUGUUGUGUGAUUGUAAAAAUGUAUAUGGUUACAAUUUUGUACUUGCCCUUUUUAUUUUUUCAACUUGGUUCGUUCUGAGGGAGCAGCGCUUGAACUAUAAAAGCAACGUGCAACUGUUGUGAGCAAUUCUUUAACAAAAAUUUGCGUGUACAUUUAUUUAUCUGUUUGUUUGGUUUUUGUACAGUGUUUAUUUGUUAUUUUGUACAUAGCUUUGGUUAUUUUAAAUAAA